AUGGAAGACAAGGGCUUAAAACUGGUCCAUCUUCUGAAAGACACUGCAGUGUUUACUGAAUCAUGCAACUUCAUCGAUGCAGAUAUUGGACUGUACUAUAUUUCUCAGUUUGCAACCCCAGAAGGUGAUUCAAUGCAAAGGGUAGCCACUUAUUUCAGUGAGGCACUAGCUUGUUGCCAAGUGAGCAAAAACUUGAGAGGGGUACCAAAAGUUCUAAGUUUGUCAACAAAAUUAUCAACUCCAGAGGAACAACUUGUAAGAAAUUUCUUCUUUGAGUUGUAUCCAUUUUUGAAGAUUGCAUACAAGACCACAAAUCAGGCCAUCAUUGAAGCCAUGGGACAAGAAAAAUUUAUCAAUAUCCUUGAUCUCAGUGCAUGUGAUGCCACUCAGUGGAUUUAUCUUAUGAAGAGUUUGAAAGAGCAUUUACCAGACCCACCAGAUGUGAAAAUCAAAGUUACAUGCAUACAUGAGAAGUAUGAGGUCUUAGAACAGAUGGGAUUGCAUUUGAGACUAGAAGCUGAGAGGUUGAAUUUCGAUUUCAAAUUCAAUGCUGUUCCACUAGUGAUGAAAUGGUCAGAACCAUGA